AUGGCGUCUCCUACACCCUCAACUCCGCCCUCCGAGGCCUCCAAUGGCGCUGCCCUGCCCUCGCGCCCCGCACAGGGCCUCUUCAAUAGCCGCGAUGGUAGCUCUGGCACUGGCACCCCCAUUGGCUUCCAGCGAUUCCCUCACAACAAGCACCUCGAUCAUGUCGUCGGGGCUGCUUUGCGGCAACCCUCUCCGCAGCCCACGCACCUGGGCAUUCCUGGUACCCCCGGUUCCCCGCACCGCGUUUUGUCUGAGGAGGAUCCGGGUUACAUUGCCGCCACCUUCGAGGGCAAGCAGAAGCAGAUGGAGCAAGUGAUGGACCAAUUGGAGGAGAAGGGUUUCUUCCCCAGUGAUUUCGUCGUCUCCGAGACUACCUGGUUCUAUAACAUGCUGGGCAUCGACGAUACCUACUUCCAGACCGAGUCCGUCGAGAACAUUGUCACCCAGAUUCUAUCCCUGUACGCCGCCAAGGUCGCCGCCUACGCUCGUGAUGAUAAGCAACUCGAGAUCCGCCUGGACAAGGAGGCCGAGGACCACGCCGUCUACAUCGAUACCAGCCGGCCCGGUCUUUCGUCCGUGGAUGGCCCCCGCUACGAGCAGCGCAUCGAUGAGAAGUAUAUCAACACUUCCAAGGGUGCCAACAGCUACCGCGUCGAGACUUUCCGCUCCCCCACUACCCUCCCCGGUGACGGUGGCCAGCAGCUGCGCUGCUACUUCGUGUACAAGUGCCAGUUCGCCAACCCCAACCCAGACCCCAACGAGACCAACAUCGAUAUCAUCGGUGAGAAGCGUUUCCUGCAAAAGGCCACCCCCAACACCAAGGCCAUCUACCAGGAGAUCAUCACCACCGCGGUCAGCCGUCACGGCCCCGUGAUUGAGAUGUUCGAGAUCGAGGGCAGCCGCGAGAAGCGUCUCGUUAUCGCCUACCGACAGGGUUCCGCCAUGGGCCUGUUCAGCGCUCUCUCCGAUCUCUACCACUACUAUCGCCUCACUAGCUCCCGCAAGUACCUCGAGAACUUCUCCAACGGAAUCACCGUCAUCUCGCUGUACCUGCGCCCCUCGCCCUCGCCCGAGAUCUCGGUCAAGUACCCUCCAAUCGAGGCUGCCAUCCACCAGAUCAUGAAGGAGGCUUCCCUCUUGUACUGUAUCCCCCAGAACCGCUUCCAGGGUCACUUUGCCACUGGCCGCUUGAGUCUGCAGGAGACCAUCUACGCCCACUGCGCUUGGGUGUUUGUGCAGCAGUUCUUGAACCGUUUGGGCUCCGAGUACAUCUCGCUGUCUGCUCUGCUUGAUUCUAACAACAGCGUUCACGCCGAGUUGCUGUCCAAGAUCAAGAAGCGUCUGCGUACCGAGACUUUCACCGCGGACUACAUUUUCGAGAUUAUCAACAACUACCCCGAGUUGAUUCACAAGCUCUACCUCGACUUUGCCAAUACACACUAUGUCCAGACUCAGGAGUCUGGAGAUGACUUCCUGCCCACGCUCAGCUACCUGCGUCUGCAAGUGGAUGAAGUCCUGGAUGACAAGAAGCUUAAGCAGUUGAUCCGCAACACCGCUGCUAACGAGCACGACGAGAUGGUGAUGACCUCUUUCCGUGUUUUCAACAACUCCAUCCUCAAGACCAACUUCUUCACCCCGACCAAGGUCGCCCUGAGCUUCCGUCUGAAGCCCGACUUCCUCCCUGAGCACGAGUACCCUCAGCCGCUCUACGGCAUGUUCCUCGUGAUCAGCUCCGAGUUCCGCGGCUUCCACCUGCGUUUCCGUGACAUUGCCCGUGGUGGUAUUCGUAUUGUCAAGUCUCGCAACAAGGAGGCCUACAGCAUCAACGCGCGCUCGCUCUUCGACGAGAACUACAACCUUGCCAACACCCAGCAGCGCAAGAACAAGGAUAUCCCCGAGGGUGGUGCUAAGGGUGUCAUUCUCCUCGAUGUCAACCACCAGGACAAGGCGCGGGUCGCCUUUGAGAAGUACAUCGACUCUAUCAUGGACUUGCUCCUGCCCCCCGUCAGCCCCGGUAUCAAGGAUCCCAUCGUCGAUCUGCAUGGUCAGGACGAGAUCCUGUUCAUGGGUCCCGAUGAGAACACUGCCGAGCUGGUCGACUGGGCCACUGAGCACGCUCGUGCCCGUGGUGCCCCCUGGUGGAAGUCCUUCUUCACCGGUAAGAGCCCUAAGCUCGGCGGUAUCCCUCACGACACCUACGGCAUGACCACGCUUUCCGUGCGUCAGUACGUGCUCGGCAUCUACCGCAAGCUGAACAUCGACCCGUCUACCAUGCGCAAGCUGCAGACUGGUGGUCCCGACGGCGAUCUGGGAUCGAACGAGAUCCUGCUGUCUAACGAGAGUUAUUCGGCUAUCGUCGACGGCUCUGGUGUCAUUGUUGACCCCAACGGUCUCAACCACGAGGAGCUGAUCCGCCUCGCCAAGAAGCGUGUUAUGAUCUCCGAGUUCGACCUGACAAAGCUGUCUCCCGCUGGUUACCGUGUUCUUGUUGAUGAGAAGAACGUCAAGCUCCCUUCUGGUGAGGUCGUCCACAACGGCAUGGUCUUCCGUAACACUUUCCACCUGCGCCACGCGGAGGGCGAGAAGUUCGACGUCUUCGUGCCCUGCGGUGGCCGCCCCGAGUCUAUCGAUUUGUCCACUGUCGGCAAGCUCAUCCAGGACAACAAGUGCGUCGUUCCCUACAUCGUCGAAGGUGCCAACCUGUUCAUCACGCAGGACAGCAAGCUGCGUCUCGAGAAGGCUGGCUGCAUCCUGUUCAAGGACGCCUCUGCCAACAAGGGUGGUGUGACCUCCUCCUCGCUGGAGGUUCUCGCCUCGCUCUCGUUCAACGACGAGGAGUUUGUCGAGAACAUGUGUGUUCACGAGGACGGCACCGUCCCUGAAUUCUACCAGGCCUACGUCAAGCAGGUCCAGGAGAUCAUCAAGGACAAUGCCACUCUCGAAUUCGAGGCUAUCUGGCGCGAGCAUGAGCAGACCGGUGUGCUGCGCAGUGUUCUGAGUGAUCGUCUCAGUGUGGCGAUUACCAAGCUGGACGAGGAGCUGCAGCAGACUGCGCUCUGGGACGAUCUCGCUCUGCGGAGGUCGGUGCUUGGCAAUGCCCUGCCCCGUCUGCUGCUGAACAAGAUUGGUCUGGAUACUAUUCUGGAGCGGGUUCCCGAGAACUAUCUCCGUGCCAUCUUCGGCAGUCACCUGGCCAGUCGCUUCGUGUACCAGUACGGCAACCAACCAAGCCAAUUCUCCUUCUUUGAUUUCAUGUCCAAGCGCAUCGCCGAGAUCCAGUCCUCCAGAAAAAAUUAG